CCCCCUUCAUCUGACCGUUCUUUCCGCUGACCCUUGACUUAAUCUCUCUCUCUCUCUGCAUCUCUCGCUGUGUGUGAAGAAGCUGUGUUCAGCUAUUUAAGCUUUAGCUCAAAGCUCCGAUAUUCCUCCCGAAAUCGCGUGCCAACCACUACUACCCUCUCAAGGAAUCAAACCAUCCCGGCAUUCUCAUCAUCGCCAUCAACAGCAUCUUCAUCUUCCUCAUCUGCUCUGUUUCUGCUCUGCUCCGCUCUGCUCCGCUCUGCUUCUCACCCUCCUUACCAGUCUGGGAUGACCAGAAUCUGAUACUUAUUCCUUCGGGCAGAUCAUCUCCUACCUUGUGAGUCUGAGCCUCUGAUGAAAUUCCGUUCUUGGGUUUCAGAGAAUGUCCAACAUACCCACCUCGCUCUCUGAAAUCUGCCUCACUCUGUCCCGCCUCACCAUGUCCACCGCCGACCCUUGGCCCUUCUCCUAAUAAACACCCCCUGGUUUCUGCAAAUCCGUUCUCUCAAUCAAUCAGCUCUCCUCUUCUUUCUGUUGAAUCGCAUCCGAUUUGAGCCGUCAUGGGGAAGUUCAGGGGCUUCAGGAUCAAGAAACACCUCGCCGGGUUCACCCGCUGGGUCUUCCACCGUCCCCGAAGAGCCCGCCCCGCCUACCGCCGUUUGGGCGAGCCGGCACCUUCGUCGAGGGCGUUCUCCAGGCUCAUCACCUGGGGCCGCUGCCUCACCAGCAAGACCCGCUCCCUCUGCUCCGCCGCCUCCAGGCGUCAUGGGUCGUCGGGUUACCUCCCCCUGGGCGUGGAGCCGGAGAGGAACAAGCCCGUCCCCGUCCCCAAGGGGCACCUCGCGGUGUACGUAGGCCAGAAGGACGGCGACUUUCGGCGGGUCCUGGUGCCGGUGAUCUACUUCAACCAUCCGCUGUUCGGGGAGCUGCUGAGGGAGGUGGAGGAAGAGUACGGGUUCAAUCAGCAGGGCGGGCUCACUAUCCCCUGCGGCGUAUCCGAGUUCGAGCGCGUCCAGACCCGGAUCGCCGCGGCCGGGUGCGGUAGCCACAAGCUGUCAUGGAAGCGGCGCGUGUGAUCGGAGGACCGACGACGACGAUGAUGAUGACGAAAAUUACGCGGGCUUUGAUUAAUUAUUGAUGAUAGGGAUAGGUAGAAUUUUUGUUUUCUUACCUUUUUUUUAAAAAAAAAAAUUCACUUUUCUAUUGCCCUUUCUUUCUUUUACUAUUAUUAUUAUUAUUAUUAUAUCAUUAUCACUAGUAUUAUUAUUAUUAUUAUUAUUAUUAUUAUUUAUCCUUUUGCUUUCUUUUUUUUUUGGCCUUUUCAUAUUAUGAUAUAGAAAUUAGAUAGAGUAGUAGAUUGGUAAAAUUGUAUAGAGAUUUUUUCUGUUAUAUAAAAUAAUUAUAUAUGCUUUUUCCAUGA